CUCCAAACGAGGCUUGUAUUCAACUGAACGGCGAGGGAAAACAUUCCGUGUGUUGAAAAAUACACUAAUUUCAUAUUCUUUUUACUGCGUAUCUAAUGGAACAUUUAUCUUGCAGAUGAUAGGAUUAAAUCUUUGAACAUGUCUAUUUUAAAUCAAGCAGCCGUAGAAGCUCUUUGCUCGGCAACAUACUUAGAAAAUUAUCUUGAAACUAUGGACAACCUGCCAGAUGAUUUGCAACGUAUUGUGACUCAACUCCGCGAACUGGACAUACAGUGCAGAAGUUUAUUACAAGAUACUGAGCAGCACAAAGAAGUUUAUUUGAAAGAGGAAGGUGGACCUGCAAAGAAAAAAGCAUUUAUUGCAAUACAAAGGACACUUGUUAAGUGUCAAGAGAUUGGAGAUGAAAAACUUCACCUUUUAUCUCUGAUACAUGAAUUUAUAGAGAACCGACAUCGACAGCUUGACCAAGACAGAGAAAAUCUAGGAAUUCUGUUUGAUCCUACCUCAACUUCAUCGCGGGAGCAUGAGCGGGAGGAGUUUACACCACAACCGCCAGUUGUUAACAAUAUAAAGGUGAACAAGCAAGAGGAACGUAUUGUAGAACAAAGAAUUAUUACUACAAGCAAGAGGCAGAGGAGGCAGAAAAAUCAUGACACGCUUAUAAAAGAGGAGGAAGAGAAAAUUCCAAAGAAAAAGAAAAAAAGGAAGACAAAGAAGGAUAAAGAACAAUCUCCUAUUGACCCGCCUAUUGACCCUGAUGAGCCGCUGUAUUGUCUAUGUCAACAAGUAUCAUACGGUGAAAUGAUUGGUUGUGACAAUGACGCUUGUGCAAUAGAAUGGUUUCAUUUUAACUGUGUAGGACUUACUAGUAAGCCAAAAGGAAAAUGGUUUUGUCCAAAGUGUCGAGGAGAUACCUGUAAAGUAAUGAGAAAAAUGUAACUACACAUCUCCCAGUAUUUAGGACAGAUGAGAAGUAUGGCAGAUGCUCUAAAUAUCUAAAGAAAUAGAUAGAAUAAAGCAGGAUCAUCUCUGAUACAGCAGUUAUUCAAUAUUGGAUCUGUGAUUAUUUUACUAUUUUUACAUUCAGUAUAUGAGCAUGAAUGUGAAAUUUUUAAAAGAAUUUUCUCAUGCAUAUGUUCUCAUUUACAAUGUACAUCCUUGUGUGCUACAGAAUAGGCAGAGAAAUGAAUUAUAUUUAUUAGAACAACCUAGUCCUCAAAUUGAACCCCUGACACAGGGCUCGAGCUAGGGAGCGACUUGAGCGAAAUAGUCGCUUUGUAGCUCCCCACUUCGCUCUAAUCUAACAUCAAAGCGAAAUUCAAGUCGCCCGAUUUUUUUAUUGACACACCUCCAGUUAUCCGCUAUCGGCCUGUUGACACUUGACUGGAAUACACGAAAGCAUAAUUUAAGCUCCGCCUACUUCAGAUUACGGAGAAGUGCAAAGGUGACACUUGUUUUGUUAACUGACUGUUGAUAAACAAAGCAGUAGGGAUUUAUAUUACAUAAGCUUACACAUUCUUUUUUGACCUUUAGAAAGUAUCUUACCGUGACCAGCUCGAGUAAUUUCCUCAAAUCCACUUAAUUUUACUCGUAUUUUUCAAAACCCAAACUUUAGAAACAUAAUAUUAUCACUGACACUUUCUGUGAAUAAAAUAACCUAACUGAAAUUUACGCAAAUUUUUGACACCUGCCAUCAGAAACUGGGUUAAACCAGUUUGACAACUGUUUCUUUUAAUGUGUGCCGACACCAGCAUAUCAAAGAGACACCAGCAGAUCAAAGAAGACGUGUAUUCUUUGUGAUGUCAUAGUGAUGUCACUGCUAUUGACAUGUAUUUAAUUCAUACUGUACACUUGUUAUUUAAAGUCACUGACUUAGGGGGCUUGAUUUAUUUUUUGCUGAUAUGGAAUUUACUUUUUUUUUUAAAUUCUUUUCAUAUUUAAAGGGUUUUCUUGGUUUGGGCAAGCAUUGCAAGGGUGAAAAAAAACUUGAAUUUGCAGUUUAAGCACAUUAGAUUCACAAGGUUUAAAAAUGAUAAGAAAACAAAAUCACUGACAUUUUCAGUGAAUUUGUUAUUUACUUUAAAUUAAUAAACAAAGACAGGAAAUAAUAAAAAUAGUAACUUAUAUUAAGCAUAAUUAGUUCCUUUUUCAACUUGCAUGUCAUGGUUCUUAAAUCUUUCCCAUUUUCCCUAAAAUCUCGCCACUUCUCCCUAAAAUCUCUCCACUUCUCCCUAAUUUUAGCUGAGGGAGAAGUGACUUCUCCCUAAAAUCUUAGCCUAGCUUAAGCCCUGCAGUGACAUCUCAUGCUGCAAACACUACCAUUUAGUUUCUAAGGCGGUGGGGGAUGUAUAGACAAUACUGGAAAUGAAGUUGAUAACUAGUUGAUGUACAGUGAUUAUGGUGAAAGUUAGAGCAAUAUAUUAUAUACAAGUAUUUCUACUUACUUUGGUUCGAAAGAAUAAAAAAUUGAAAUUAAUGAUUUAAUCAAAAAAAAUAACGGACACCUUAACUGCUAAAUAUUAGGUUCUGACACAAGCGGGAAGCAUCUUUUGUGUGCAACAGGUUACAGAAUUUACUUUAGUACUGUUACAUAUUGUUGUGUUCUUUUUAUUGAACUUUUGAUCUUUUACAGUAAGGAGAAAAACAUUGCAGUGACUUUUUUGCCAAACUGCAGAUUAACUUAUGAUUAUUUGAAUUGUGCAUUAAAAAAUUGAUGUGAAUUUUUUAGCUGUCAUAUAAAAUGAAAUCAGAUGGAAAGAAAUUCAAGCAAUUUACAUUGUGGCAGAAGAAUUAUAACUUGUAUUAAAGUUAUUUACAAUAUAUGUAAAUGAUAUUAUUUAUGUUUAUUGUUGAAUUCUUGUAUCUAUGGAAGUAUUGUUAUGAUUACCUCCCUUUAAAUACAAUCUUUUAAAAUAAAGAACUGUGUAUAUACAGAAGAGAAAUGUAAGUAACGAAGGAGUUGUUCAGUUGAUAUUGAAAACUCUUAAACUAGAGAUUUGACAAUUUGUAGGUAAUAUUUUUUUUAUAUGAUAGGAACUGGAGAUUUGUGAUGUACUCCUACAGUAUAAAAUUGAGUACAGUAUUUACAGUUUCAAGGGGGUCUUUAAGGAGUGUAUUCAAUGAAAAACAGUCCAAGCAUUUAAGACAGCAUGUAAUAAUUCUGUCUGCCCAUAUAUGGGGAGAUAUAUUGAUUUUGUCUUGUCUCACUCUGUCUGCCCAUAUAUGGGGAGACAUAUUGAUUUUGUCUUGUCUCACUCUGUCUGCCCAUAUAUGGGGAGACAUAUUGAUUUUGUCUUGUCUCACUCUGUCUGCCCAUAUAUGGGGAGAUAUAUUGAUUUUGUCUUGUCUCACUCUGUCUGCCCAUAUAUGGGGAGAUAUAUUGAUUUUGUCUUGUCUCUGUCUGCCCAUAUAUGGGGAGAUAUAUUGAUUUUGUCUUGUCUCACUCUGUCUGUCACAAACGUUUGUCAGGCUGACUCCUCUGAAAUUACUGGAAGGAUUUCAACCAAACUUCGUAGGGAUGACCAGUACACAUGUAUCAUGGCUAAUUUUGCACAUUGUUAUACCUUAUUAAUAUCUAGAUAAGGCAGUUUUGAAUCAGAUGAUCCAUAUAAUAAGUACUAGUAAAAGAAUAAGAAAACGAGGAACUGUAGGAAACUGUAUAGAAGCUUUUUAUGUAAGUAAUCUAGUAUAAAUCCUGUAUUAUUUUUUUAGAGUGCAGGCAUUGGAACUAAAAAUACAAACUUUCUAUUUGAGCUGAAAUUCAUUUUGAUGCAUUUGCAAUGAAAGAAAACAAUUGAAAAAACCUUUUAUCACAAAAAUGUCCUUGUGAUAUAGCUGGAUGUUGCUAAUCAAUUCACCAUUAUUUAGCUGUAUGGGGAGACGUGUGCUUUUACUAUAAGCAAUCUCAAAUUGAUUGGUUUAAACAAUAUUUAUUGACAUAAUUGCAAUUGUUACAAUUUUACAAAUAUCAACAUAGAACAGGAAGCUCUCUCCCUUCCAAGUAUAUCACUGUAGACUUUUGCUGAAGUAGAGGUUUUGCAUUGAUAAAAGAAUAAUGUCAAGGGUGUGUGGGAAAUACAGAGUCAGUUUAACUUGUGACAAUAUGCAACUACACAUACUGGAUAUCUAAGUCUCUGAACUGUUGAAUAAAAUAUACAAAGGGAA